AUGCGGGCCGGAGCCCGCAAUGGCGGCGGCGGCGGCGGUGGGGCCGCCGCCGCGGUCUCCGGUGCAGGUUUCGGAGCCAUCGUCCAACCGGAGGCGGAGCCGGCGUCGGUACCUCGAUCGGCAGCGGCUCGCGGCGGCCGGACGCCGGCGGCGGCAGCGGGAGCGCAGCCGCCGGCCUCGUCGCCGCUGCCUGCGACGCCCCUGUCAGCAGUACGGCGCAUUUCCUCCGGCGCGGGCUUUGAUUCAACCAUGGUAGACAAGGAAGACUAUUACGGCACUGUUGUCGUACAUAAUGAGUACGAUGCGGCCGCUGUACACUCCGACGGCGGCGCCGGUGGGAAUGGUCUGGCAGUCGCGUUGGCGGCGUAUCGUACACCGGCAACACCGGCGGGGGGGCCGGCGGGGGCGGCAGAGUACGGCUCGGCCAUGGUAGUUGGUGGUACGAUGAUUGAGCGCUCCGGAACCGUACGGCGAUCGAAUGAGAUGGCGGACGCGUCUGGCGACGGGGCCGACGGUUGCGGCGGCGGCGGCGGCGGCUACCUGGCGGCAGUCCGAGCUGCGGCAGCGGAAGCGCAAAACGGCGACCGCCACGCCAAGCCAUUGGAUAGCCCUUUGGGGUCCCGGCCGGCGGCUGCCCACCAUCUGGACGAAGUGGAGCGAGUACGGGAGCGCCUUCAUUCCCUGUACGACGGAGGCCUUGUCGUACCGCUACCUUUUUUCAAGGCGUCCCAAGCUCAGCCGCUCGCGCUGCUGUGCCCUUCUGAGCCAUUCGCCGGAUCGUGCUCUCACGCCGUACAAGGGCCGCUGCUACCGCCUCCGCUGCCACCGCCGCUGGCGGGGUCAUCACGGCAGGAGGGGGCGGCGGCGGCGGUAGCAGCGGCCGGGGCGCCGUACAGAAGAGUGCAACAUGGUGGUGGUGGUGGCGGCGGCGGCGCAUUGACUCGUAGCGGCGGCGGCGUCGCGGCGGUGCCGCCGCCACCGGCAUCGGCGGCGGCGGCGGCGGCGGCGGGUGGGACGUCGUGGGUCGGGGCUUUGCAGAAGACGUCCCAGCCGUCUUUGCCGCCGCUACCGCCUCUGCAGCAACAGCAGCAGCAAUUGUCGUCAUCACCGCAGCAGCAGAGCCAACCGCACGUGUUGCAGUCUAAUGCGGCACCCCCGGCAUCACUCGACUUGCACGGCGUGGAUCCGGAGGCGUACGGUGUGGUUCUGGAGCUUGUACAGCAGAGCGCCGCUAUGGCGCGACAGCGGGGCGAGGUGGUUUCGGAGCCAGGAAGUGCUGCGGUCGAUCCGCUGCCGCCCACCGUAGUGACACAGCUGUUAUUCCACCCCGCUCUUCAGAACCUGGCUCGCACGCUCACCUACAACCGGCGCUGCCUGGCCUCCUUGCCGCUGGACCGGAGGGCGCAGGAGGAACUGCAGGAGAGUUGCAACCAACUCAGCGCGGCGCUGCAGUGCGUGCUGAGCCUAUAG